AUAAUGCCGUAAACGCAACUCGUUAAUUCUCGAAGCGGCACGAGCGACAUAAAUAAUACGACGUAAUUGUUUCAGAGCCCGCUCCUCACAUAGUCUUGUGAAAAUCUCCUCCUCGUCCUUUAGGUAAUAGCAAAAGCUAAGACUGGUUUACUCUCUAUCAGAGAGAAUAGCAUGUUGCGCAAAAUGGAAAUAUUUUGGACCGAAUUGAUCAUAACGACUUUGAUUUCUUUGAGCGUAACUGCGAUAUCAGAAGAGUUUAAGAUUUUCAGGAUACGUCCGGAUGGAGAAGAUGGGUGGUUAGACGGUAGAGAUGGGUUUAUCAUUCCUUCAUCGCAGUGUCAAAGUGGACACAUGACAAAUUGUCGUCAAUUCCGCGCCGAUUUAAAGACGCCUAUUGUCGAUCGAUGCGCUUGUGUAUGCCCACGUGAUAGAGCGACGUUUUUAUUCCAUAAUGGUAAAUGGGAAUGCUUGGACAACAGUCAAGUCCGAAGAUUGUUUGGAUUUCGCAAGCCCCCGUUCGUCACUUUCGACGGAGAACCAGCUACCAGUCCGUUAGGGAUGGUUAACGACACCGACAGUAGAAGAUUGAGUUUGUCAAAUGUGCAGAACUGCAAAGUAGACUCUGCAAAUUCCUGGUCUCUUGGAUGCUACGGUCCUGCAGCACAAUUUAGAAACAAGCCCCCGUUUACAGUCGAACAUGGAUCGGAUGUUACUGAUUUUCCAUUCUUUCUUUCGGUUGGUGUCAAUGGCGUGUCCAAUAAAUCUGAGUUCAAGGGAAAGAUUAUCAAGUUGGGUAUCUUAUGUAACACCCACACUAGCAUAGUGAGGUCGCUGCUGUUCAAGUAUGAAGGAAAUAUCAAUUGUAACAGCACACCACCCACUCUUCCACCUCCACCCACGACUGAACCACCGAGUACCACCACGAAUACACAGCCACCACUUCAACCAACAAAACUUACAGUCAGCAAGGUAGCCAACAUUUCUGGAGGGCGACCGACCGAUCCCGAGGGUCCACCGACCGAUCCCAAGGGUCCACCGAGAAGAGACCAGGAGCGGGAUACACAUGAUGGACCCUCAGUGGGUCUCAUCGCAGCAUUCAUCGUAUCUGUUCUCUUACUUACGAUUGUGAUUGGUUUCUCGUAUCUUGGAUCCCGUCAUUUCAGAAAGAAGCCUCAGUUGAGACCAAAAAAUGGAGGGAAAGAAGACGCAGAAACAGCAAGGCAUCGAACCAGUUCCGCAUAUGAAGCAGAUGAUGAGAACGGAUACAAGGCGCUUGGAAUAAGAGGGCCUCCAAUUUACACAUCAAACUAUCAAUCGCCGAAUCCUAAUAAGGCUCCACAUACAACUAUUGGUGACCUCGGUGGAAGACGUGUAUAUGCUUCCUCAAGCACGGCUGAGGAACACAAUAUGCAUGACCACGGAGGUAAAAAGACAUCAGUACCCACUUUGGACACUAAAGAUGUAGUCUACAAGGACCCUGAUUUGGACCCUAAUCUCAGGAGAGAACAGAGUGGUCCUGUUAGAAUAAAUCAACUCGUAUACAAUCGUAUGGAGGACCUAAAGGCAAGGAGAGGAAAUAACAUGGACCCAGAUUCUGGUCUUGAACAAGAUCCGGACUACAAGGACCCUGAUUACAGGGAUCCUGACUACAGGGACCCUGACUUGGACCCCGAUCUCAGGGACAAAAAGAGAGGUCCUGUUAGUGUAAAUCAACUUGUAUACAGUUGUGUGGAAGAGCUUAAAGUCGCGGUAGCGAAAGGACAUAAACACGAUGACGAAAAUGAUGCUCAACGAGAGCAUCAUGGCUUGGAUGGACGUAGUCUUAAUCACUCAGCGAGACCCAGUCAAAAUGGUACCACGCCUCGAGAUGGUAGCGAUGAACUUUACCGUAAUCUUUCAGCGAAACCUAGUCAAAAUGGUACCACGUCCCAAAAUGGUCGUGUUUUGAGUAAACGCUAUUUUGAUCGUUCUUCGAGAGCCAGCGAAUAUGGUUCCAUGUCCAGGGAUGGUCAUCACAAUGGUUUGGAUGGAUAUCAUCUUGAUCGUGUUGCAAGACCCAGUAAAUACGGUUCCAUGUCUUCGGAUAAGAAAGUCUACAAUUACACUUUAGAAAAGUAUCUUCCACCACCAGUUCUACAUGAACUUGAAGAUUAUGAAACGAUGCACCCACAAGUCUCCAGUGCAUUAGAAGAGGAUGAAGAGGAGGAAUCCAGACAAAAUGGCCAUACUUAUGACGCAGCUUACGGCACCACAAAGUUCUAAGAAGCUGUGAUUUCAAUGACCAAUCAGAGCAAAAAAAAGCAUCACAAGAAGCCAAUAAAAAAAUUCAAUAAAAAAGCAAGGUUACCACCGAAUACCCUGUUCACGCGAGCUACAGACAGAGCCGUAAUUGGUGUAACUCUUGAAUCGGAUUAGUUGAGAAGAUGGUGCGAGUUUUGUCUAGACCAAUCAAUGUGAGACCAUUGUAAUCCUAGAUCACAAUCGUUGGCAAUUUGAAAAUUGUGCUUUUGAUCUCAAUCGACCAAAUGGCGGAUAGAUGGCCAGACAAUUACAAGUCAACAACGUAACUAUAUUAUUAUUGUCUCAGUAGGUUUGUACUGAAAGAGAUUAUCUAUAGCGUCGAGUGAAAGUUUCAUAACCUUAAAAGAUAUCCCAUCUUGAUAACCAUAGUCAAUCCAGUUGAGAUUUUUUUUUUGCUUCGAAAGAAUCUAAUUGUCAUGCGAAGUCAGUUUUGUGGUUUUUUUAGUAGGAGGAGGACUAAAGAAAAGUAUGUCAGUCAGUCGGUUUACUUCAUUUGCUUCAGUCUUCGUGUGUGUUAAAAGUUCUUUCUUGAGUCCGUACCAGAAAUAGUUCAAGUAUACAUUGAAACAAAGUCUUUUUUACAGCGUGGAAUUCUAUGAAUUCUCGGUUUGCAUUUAUCUCAUUGAGAAGUGUAUUAGUUUUAUCAUAAUGUUCGCAUGCUUCAUAUUGAAGUUAUUCAAUA